AUGGGGACUAGUGUAGCAGCGCGGGUCCUGGCAGCGGCGGCGGCGCCCGAGGUGGCCGGCCUGCAGGGUCAGGCUCGGGCGGGCCGCUGGCAGGGCCACCGCCGCUCCCCAGCACCAACACUAACCAUCACAACUGGUGUCACCUGGAAGUGGGUGCCAUCCAAACACACGUACCCGGCGGCAGAGUUUGGGCGGCAGCAAGACUCGCCUCCUCCAGGUCUGGUAAGCAUCCAUGCCAGGACGAUCUGCUCUGCUUCACCGCCGGCGAGGAGGACGUACCCCAGGCAACAUCCGCUGCAUUCAAGUGGCGGUGGUGAUGGUGGCGGCGGCGGCGGCGGCGGCGAUGGCGGCGGCGACGCUGAAGCUGCCAGUAUAGCGGCCUCUAGGGGUGUCCGUGUAGAGAUGGCGGCCCCAGGUGUCCGAGAGAUGGCGGCCUCCAGUUGUGUCCGUGUAGAGAUGCAGGCCUCAG